AUGACUUCUUCUCACGAACAAGAUCCAGAGAUCCUCCCUGACGCCGAAGAAGAAGCCAAUCUCCCCGACGAAGAUUCUCCUGUUAUCCUGGAACGGGAUCCUAUUGAUCAAACCCUCCCUCUAUUCAAUGACGCCGCUUUUCAAAACCUCUGCCACGUGGCGGAGAUGUUUCAAGAUCGAGAAAAGGCACGAAUCCGAGAGGAGGAGGAGCUCGAGGAGAAGAGGAGACGGUUCGCUGAAGAGAGAGCUGAGAUGCACAGACAAUACGUUUUCGAAGUGGCUAAAGCUUACGCUCUCGAAUUGCAUUCUGAACAAACUCAAAAACAAAGCAAAGACGACGAAGAAGAAGAAGAAGAAGAGGUUGAGAAUGGGAAGAGUCGAUUCGAUGAUGCGAAGAAGGCGAUCAAGAAGAGGAGGAGAUACUCUAGAUCGAGUUCUAGUGUUGUUGAUAGUUCAUCAAUUGAGUUGAAUAUGAUGACGACGAAAAAGACGGCUCCUAUGUUGACGGAGCUCUGUGUGAGAGCUCUUGCUGAAAACUCUGGAGCGAUUAAGUCUUUGUAUCUUGUCCCUGAUCACUUGAGGAAGAAGAUAUCGAGUCUUGUUAGUGAUUUGAGUAGAGUAGACAAAGGUUUCGUGAAGCUUCUUGUUGAUGAUUCUCCUUGUGAGGUUUUUGUGAAGAAUUGUGUUGACUUGGAGGAGAAUGAUUUGACUCAGAUACUUAGUGGAUGUGAUAGAGCUCGCUUGGAGGUGUUGAAUCUUGAUCUUUGUGGACGAGCUAUGACGGAGAAUGCUAUAACCGAGUUCUUGAAACUCUCUCCCAGUGGUUUCCCUUCAUUGACUAGGCUAUCUUUACAAGGAGCGUUUUGUUUGACAGACAAUGCAUUGGCUUUGGUAUCUAAAUCAGCUCCUCUGCUUCGGGUUGUUAACCUUAGUGAUUGCUCGCUUCUCACUUUCCAAGCUGUGAAGAUUCUUGCGGAUUGCUUUGGUUCCACUCUUAGAGGGCUUGACAUUGGAGGGUGCCAAGGGAUUAAGCCGUCUGAUGUGUUUAGGAAUAGUUUGAGUAGGUUUGAGAAGUUGAACUCUCUCUCGGUUGCUGGACUUGAAGGGAUUCAUGAUGUUGUUGUUGGGUUCUGUACUUCUCGUGGGUCUAGUCUCACUGAUCUUUCUCUAGCUUCUUGCGUAGGGGUGAAUGAUGGAACUCUUUGGACUGUUGGGAGAUAUUGUCCAAACUUGGAAGCUCUUGACAUCUCAGAGUUGGAUAAUUUGACUGAUGCAUCGCUGAAAGAGAUUACAGAUGGUUGCAGAUCUUUGAACUCGGUCAAACUUAAUAGAAACCGAUUCAGUGAUGAAGGUGUAGCCGCGUUUCUCGAAGUUUGUGGUGGUUCUCUUAACAACCUCUGCCUAAACAAUGUCAGAGAAGUCGGUCAAGAGACUGCUAUUUCGCUUGCCAAAUAUUGUAAGAGGUUGCAUUAUUUGGACCUCUCGUGGUGUAGAAAACUAACAGAAGAAGAACUAAGAAGGAUCAUGAGUUGCUGCUCGUUACUUAGAUCGCUUAAGCUAUUUGGAUGGACGCAGGUGGGGGAGGAAUUUCUUGAAGAUCUAUCGAGAUCAGAAGUUAACAUCGUUGGAUUGAAAAUGUCUUCACUGUUCGCUCAUCCUGAUGAUUCUUACCCAAGUGUGGGUGCCAAGUGCUUUUGA